AUGUCUAUCCACUUAAGCUCCCAGGUCUUCAGCUCGCGCUCCUCCGCCUUCCCCCGGCGCGGCGCGCAGGUGCGCCUCAGCCCCGUGCGCCCCGGCGGCUUCGGCAGCCGCAGCCUGUACGGCCUGGGCGCCUCGCAGCCGCGCGUGGCCGUGCGCUCCGCCUACGGGGGCCCCGUGGGCGCCGGCAUCCGCGAGGUAACCAUCAAUCCGAGCCUGCUGGCCCCGCUGCGGGUGGACAUCGACCCGUCCAUCCAGCAGGUGCGCCAGGAGGAGCGCGAGCAGAUCAAGACCCUCAACAACAAGUUCGCCUCCUUCAUCGACAAGGUGCGGUUCCUGGAGCAGCAGAACAAGCUGCUGGAGACCAAGUGGGCCCUGCUGCAGGAGCAGAAGUCGGCCAAGAGCAGCUGUGUCCCCAGCAUCUUCGAGGCCUACAUUGCUGGCCUGCGGAGGCAGCUUGAGGGGCUGCAGUUGGAUGGAGGCCGCCUGGAGGCAGAGCUGCGGAACAUGCAGGACGUGGUGGAAGACUUCAAGAACAAGUAUGAAGAUGAAAUUAACCGUCGCACAGCUGCUGAGAAUGAGUUCGUGGUGCUGAAAAAGGAUGUGGAUGCUGCCUACAUGAACAAGGUGGAGUUCGAGGCGAAGGUGGAUGCCCUGAAUGAUGAGAUCAACUUCUUCAAGACCUUCUAUGAGACGGAGUUGGCAGAGCUGCAGUCCCAGAUCUCGGACACGUCCGUGGUGCUGUCCAUGGACAACAGCCGCUCCCUGGACCUGGACGGCAUCAUCGCCGAGGUCAAGGCCCAGUAUGAGGAGAUGGCCAACCGCAGCCGGGCCGAGGCCGAGACCAUGUACCAGAUCAAGUUUGAGACCCUCCAGGCGCAGGCUGGGAAGCAUGGGGACGACCUCCGUAAUACACGGAACGAGAUCGCAGAGAUGAACCGUGCCAUCCAGAGGCUGCAGGCUGAGAUUGACAAUAUCAAGAACCAGCGUGCCAAGUUGGAGGCUGCCAUUGCCGAGGCCGAAGAAUGUGGGGAGCUGGCCCUCAAGGAUGCACAUGCCAAGCAGGAGGAGCUGGAGGCCGCCCUGCAGCGAGCCAAGCAGGACAUGGCCCGGCAGCUGCGCGAGUACCAGGAGCUCAUGAACGUCAAGCUGGCCCUGGACAUCGAGAUCGCCACCUACCGCAAGCUGCUGGAGGGCGAGGAGAGCCGGUUGGCUGGAGAUGGAGUGGGAGCUGUGAAUAUCUCUGUGGUGAACUCCACUGGUGGAGGUGGCAGCCGGGUGGCCUUUGGAGGAACCAUGGGCAGCAAUGCCCUGAGCUUCUCGAGCGGUGGGCCUGGGACCUUCAAGUCCUAUUCCAUCAGGACCUCAGCUGCCACCCAUAGGAGCAUACGAAAAUGAGCCCUGGUGUGCAGAGACCCCCCCCCCCCCCCGACUCCCCCCCUCCCCCGCAGUCACAGGCGGACUCCCCUCCCUG